UAAUAAUGAAUAUUUCUUAUUAUAGAGCCAGUGCUGUAAAUAAAAUGUAUUGUGUUCUUACUUCCUAGUGUUUCAUUUUUUUUUUUAAAUAAUGAUGUUUUAGUAAUGUUGUUAAAUGAUUUCAUAGUGUUUUAAAAACUAAAACAAGAUAAUAUUUUAGUCCUUCUUGUUAUUUGUUAUUGCUUUUAAAAUAAUAUUAACAACAAAAAUAUCUACUUAUGUAUAAUCUUUGAAGUAUGUUUAUGUAAAACAUCACCAGAAAAAUGAGCGACGAUAUUUAUUAUGGUAAAAGUAUAGGUCUCUGGAUGUCGGAAAAGAAGAGUCAAAAACUUAAUUGGAAGGAAUUUAUCAAAGCUUGUAACUUACAUGGUUAUAAUUUGGUUAAGUUAGAUUUAGAGAGGGCAUUUGAAGACCAAGGAAGAAUAGAUGUUUUUUUGCACAAAUUAACUGAUGUCAUAGCAGCAGCUGAUCAAGGUGAUACGAAGGCAGCAAAUAUUAUUAAUCGUGCGGAACAGUAUUUAUCGAAUCAUCCUAAUAUAACUGUGAUUGACCCAUUAGAUAAUGUGAGGAUUUUAUUGAAUAGGUAUUGUUAUUACACAUUAUUGCAAAAUGAGUCAUCAUUUCAAAGUCAAGGCAUCUUCACACCUGCCUUUGCAGAAUUCACGACAAGUAAUACAGAACAUAACAUUGAGAUUAUGAGGCAGAGGGGUGUGAGAUUUCCAGUGAUAUGCAAACCUACUAUAGCCCAUGGAUCUAAAUCAGCUCACGAAAUGGUUCUAAUAUUUAAUGAGAGAGGACUUAAUGUAGCCAAACCACCUUGUGUUGUUCAAAGUUUUGUUAAUCAUAAUGCUGUUUUGCAUAAGGUCUUUGUUGUGGGAAACAGAUAUCACAUUUGUGAACGACCAAGUCUUAAAAAUUUCUAUGCCUCAGAAGACUUGGAUCCAAUAUACUACAGCACCGGAGAAGUUUGUAAAGCUGACAGCCAAUCCACAUUGUCUAUAUUGGACCCCAAUGAUAAGGCUGAUAUAAAGAUGUGUCUAAAUGAAGACAGAAUAAAAGAAAUAAUCAGAGUAAUGAGAAAGAAGAUUGGCUUAAUAUUGGCUGGAUUUGAUGUAGUCAUAGAUAAUAUAACAGACCAAAUAUAACCACUGCCACAUGAUGAUUCACGGCAUAGUAUUGUAAUAUCCUCGCAGUAAUUUGAGGUCAUAUUUACUACGAAGCAAAAAGAAAUAUAUCCAUAUACAUGAAUAUAAAUGAAGGAUAAUGAGAUUUCAACGAAGACAUGCUUUUUAUAAAAAUAUUGUGAUGAUUUCAUCUGAUUUUGAUUGAACACAUUGUUUAGUUUAAAAAUAACUUUUGAGAUGAUUUUGAGAUUACUGCCAAUAUCAAUAAGGUUCAUUAUUAUUUGAUAAAAAAUAUCAUAAUUGAUGUAAAUAUAUAAUCCUGUUGUGGGCGUAUGAAUGUGUAAUUUAAUCAAACAUGCUUUGAUUGUGACUUAAGUAUUAAUUUGUAGUUAUAUCAGUUUAAAUUUUUAUUUGUUAAAAACCAAAUUGUAUAUUGGUUCUGUUUUUGAAAAAUCUCUCUGAUUUUUGUGAAGUUAUAUCUUAAAACGUUUCUCAACUAAUAAACUUUCAAAGUAUCUUAAAACGUUCAAUAUGUACAUGAAAAGUACAAUAUACAGUUGAAAUCUUAAUCUUAUGUUGGUAUAUGUAAUCUUUAAUAUAAAUCACAUAACUCAAACUACAAUACUAUAUAAUUGGCAGUACUGAUAUUCGAAAGAGAUAUAAUCAUCUAUUUGUAUCAAAUACAACCAAAAGUUGUUAUUAAAAUAGACCAAACAUUUAUAAAAAUCAUACUUAAUCAUACUUAAUCAUAUUUCAUAUUAAACCUGAGACCAACAACAUUACCCUUCCCCGCUACACGCGAGCGAAGCCUUGGGCGGAAACUAUAAAAUAUCAUAUAUUAACAGUAAUAUCUUAUAUAUUAAUAGUAGCUGUCUGUCUGUUAAGUUUCACUGGUGGUAGAGCUUUGUGCAAGCUCGUCUGGGUAGGUACCACCCACUCAUCAGAUAUUCUACCGCAAAACAGCAGUACUUGGUAUUAUUGUGUUCCAGUUUGAAGGGCAGGUGAGACAGUGUAAUUACAGGCAAAAGGGACAUAACAUCUUAGUUCCCAAGGUUGGUGGCGCAUUGGUGAUGUAAGCGAUGGUUAACAUUUCUUACAAUGCUAAUGUCUAUGGGCGUUGGUGACCACAUACCAUCAGGUGGUCCAUAUGCUCGUCCGCCUUCCUAUUUUAUAUAAAAAAAAAGUUUUCGCGGCUAAACAACAGAAUCGAUUUUGAUGAAAUUUAGUAUAAAGCAAGGUUGAACCCCAAGUAAAGACAUAGGCUACUGUUUUAUACAAAUCACAAUAACGACAACAAUAUUUAUAUAUAUAAAUAUAUAUAGUUACAUUGACAACAAUUCGAUUAUUCGUGGCUCUUUUCGAGCCAAGAAUUAAUGCGUUAAGUUUCAAAAAGAACUUUUUUAAACAUAUUGCAUUAUAAAUACAUGCAUUUAUAUUGCAAUUUUUUUUUAUUAUACAUUUAUCUAUAUUAGUUACAAUUCAAUGUCCUAAUUUUUGUAUAUGUAUUAACUGUGUGCCUUUUGAGUAUUGCCAUAAUACUUAAAAUUAUUAAUAAUAUGAAUAUUAAUAAAUUCAGCAUUUAUAUACAAUUAUUUUGUUUUUGUAAAUAUAACAUCAAAAAAAUAUUCUAUAAAUAUGAGAUUAACAAAUUAUUUUAUUUUUUAUAGUUACAAUUCCGUAUAUUAGAACAAAAAUAUCUCG